GCCCCACUUAAAUUUCGCAACAUCGUCUCUCGAAGCAGAGCUCCUUUGCAACUCGACGAUUUCCUCUCGGUGCAUCGGUAUCCGCUAAAAUGCAGUCGAUAUCUCGUUCAAUGCAUAGCCUAGCGAGGGCAUCGCAAUGGGCUUGCUCUGCCUGCAAGCACACCGCAACACCACACAGCCGAAACGUCAAUGGCGCUGUCUUGCGCCGAGCGCUGCACAGCUCGCGAUCUCGACUAGCUCAACCGCGAUUGCCACAGUCCCCGAACUCGCCAGAAAUGGAGCAGCUUAGAGCCUACUAUAGAAGGAAAAACCAAACUGUUCUAUACUACACAAUGAGUCUUAUCCUAGGCACAGUCGCCUUUUCCUAUGGCUCAGUGCCCAUGUACAAAAUGAUUUGCCAAACAACCGGUUGGGGCGGCCAGCCUGUCCGACAUAACGGCGACGACGCUGACGUCGCGAGAAAACUUGUCCCUGUUACGUCUGCGCACCGGAUCAAAGUCAACUUCAGCUCCUCCGUUUCCGAUGUCCUACCGUGGAAGUUCGUUCCUCAGCAACGCGAAGUCAGCGUGCUUCCUGGCGAGACUGCGCUCGCCUUUUACACGGCUACCAAUAACGGCGACAAGGACAUUAUUGGUGUAGCCACCUACAGUGUUACCCCUGCGCAAUGCGCUCCGUAUUUCAGCAAGAUUCAAUGCUUCUGCUUCGAAGAGCAGCGUCUCAAUGCUGGCGAGACUGUUGAUAUGCCCGUCUUUUUCUACCUGGACCCAGAUCUGCUCAACGACUUGAACAUGAAAGGUGUUGAAACUGUCACACUAAACUAUACCUUCUUCAAAGCCAGAUACGACGACAACGGUCGUUUCAAGCCGCCAGCAUCAUCAUUUAUCCAGGCUUGAAGUGUAAAAUAAUCUAUGUAAAAUAUACAACUCCUAGCAUCAAAUCUCUAUUUUCUUUUCAACCUGUAUCAUACAUAUACUAUCAAAUAGAGACACAUUCUCCUUC